AUGUACGGAUACGUACCUGCGUACCGACAGACCAAUGCUAAGGUCGGGGAAUGCUACUCACGGCUACACACAAAGUACGCGCAACUCUGGGUAUCGAUACGUCUCCACGACCUGCAUGAUACAGAUGGAUCCACUCUGUACCUCUGUACCCGCUCCCGCAGUCAUCACUCUCGCACCAAAGACCGGGCAAGGGCCCGGCGACCUCACACCUCACCACAGGCUUGCCAACGCCGCAGAAUCCAACCGCACGCCCCCGUCCAUCUCACCACCCGUUGCCUUCUAUCAGAUCGUCACCGUACUUUUGCUGCGGUUUUUGCUCUUCGUUCAGUUUCUUCAAUCGGUCCCAAGGGUCUAGCCCCGAACUCAGUCAAAGCAAGUCAUAGUUUUACUCAUUCGCGUCCGCAGAGGUGCGCGCGAGUGUAUGUGCGUGACGGAGGGAGGGAAAAGAGACGACAGAUUCCAUCGAUUGAGUGCGGCACCUUCAAGGUAAGGUUGUCAAGGAAAUAUCCCACAAGAGGAGAAAGAGACACAGAAACAGAUGGGGAGUGGGAAAGAAAGCGAAAGUGUGAGUGGACGAUGCCCAAGACCUGCAUGAGGCGACGUCUGUCCCUCCGCACGCGCGCCCUCUUUCUCUGUCUCUGUCUCUCUCUCUCUCGCGCGCGCGCGCUCUCUCUCUCUCUCUUCCUAUGGUCUCCGUCGUCUCCUGUCCCUGUCUAA